AGAGAAUUGGAGCUCAAAGUUCAAGUUCAUUCAACCACCUCAUGCAUUUGUUCAACGGACCCACUGGCCACGGUCUCUAAGAUCCCUUUGAUGACAAUCAGGAACGCGCCAACAGCCAGCAGGCGGGGUGGGCCCACUGCCGCCUCGUCGGCGGUCACACUCCCUUUCCUAAUUUCCUACUACCCAGCGAUGCUUCCAACGGCUCUUUUGCCAGCAAAGCUACACACUAAAACCAUAUAAUACAAAUAUAAAUACAAAAUAACUCUUUCUUAAUCCCAAAAAUAAAUAUAAAAAUAAAUAAAAGCUAUCUCUUUCUCUCUCUAGCCGCUGGGUGGCCUAUUCAUUCAUGCUCGUCUGUCGACGUCUUUCCCCAUAAAUGCCUUUGCCUUAACUCCCAAAUUAAUAACCACAUCCUAGUUCUCAUUGUCCUCAAACCCAAAACAAACACAUACCCAAAAUCCACAAGCAAAUUGUAAAUUUGAAAAUUUGCAAAUAAACACAUACAUACUCUCAUACCCCAAAUAUUGCAAGGCUCAUUUUCGUGUGAAUUCUUUUUCCAAUGGCCUGCUUGGUCUUGCCAAUUGCAAUGCUGAAAAAGAGGUGCAUGGGGUCACGGAUAGGCGGCUACCGGCAUUUAACCGAAGAGGGCUUCGGAGGGUUGGAGAAUCCGGUGACAGUGGUGGUCGGGAAGGAGAGGAGGGAGUUCUUGGUAGACCCUUUUGUGCUAGAAGAGAACCCAUUUCGGGUUUUGAUCGAGAUGAUGAAUAAGGACAAGAAGAUGGUGGAUUUUAUUGAUCAUGAGAAUGGCAAGGGGAGGAUGGUUUUUGUGGAUGUUGAUGCUAUUCUUUUCGAGCAUAUGCUUUGGUUGAUGUAUAAUGAUUGUUCUUCUUUGUUCAAGCUCAAUCUUAAGGAGAUCAUCGACUUCUAUGCUCAAGAUAAUUAGGCAGAUUCCAGAGGAAAAUACACAGAGGUACUCCAAAUGAAACAGAGGUACCAUGCUGCUCACUGAUACGAGUCUAUAGAAUUCUUCUUGUAAAGAAAUAUUUUAUAAUCUAAUAACUCACAUAUAAAUAUACAUAUUGCAAUGAAUAAUUAAUUAUUCAUCUCUCUAUGACUAGAUGUUCAACCCUUUUUUUUUUGGCUUUAUUUUAAUUAUUCAUCAUCACCAUCAGACCCCAAUUCUCAGUUUCUGUAUGUUAUGGUUAAGGUUGCAUGAGUAAUUGAAAUAACUUGCUGGGUUUUUCUCAGAUUGAUCAA